AUAACUGGCAAAUUACUAUGCAACGGCAGAGCAGAUUGCAGGGAUUUAUCUGACGAGACAGUGGUCGAGUGCAAAGAGAUUCUGUGUCCUAACUAUGCUUUUCGCUGCAAUUACGGUGGCUGCAUAAACAGAGAUUAUGUGUGUAAUGACAUCCAGGACUGCGUUGACAACAGCGACGAAACGCAGCUCCAGUGCACAAGAAACAUAACAAAGAUUCACACAAAAAGAUCCAUUCUCAGAUCCAUAUUUAGGGAUCUUAUAUUUGAAUGUGAAUCGAAUCAGUUUGAGUGCAACAAUGGCCAGUGCAUUCCUAGUGACAAUUAUUGUGACGGAUUUCUAAAUUGUCUUGAUGGAUCAGACGAGCAUUUAACGUGUCCCUCCAUAGAGCAACUACUAUCACAAUCAAUAUACAAAUAUCGUGACUUAUAUGAUUUUUCUAACUUUACGUGCAUAGCACCUACUCAACCGCCGAAUAGUCGUCAGCUUUUACAUCCGUCGCAAUGUUCAGAUGAAAAGGAAUGUAACGUUUCCGAGGGAACGAAAUUGAAAGUAGGAACUCGUCUCGUCUAUUCUUGUAACUCAGGAUAUGAAAUGAUAGGUUUACGAAACCGAAACGAAUUGCGGUGCACAUUGAGAGGAUGGAACAUGAGAAUACCUCAGAGACUACCAAAAUGCAUAA